GGGUAAUGGGAACAGGCAGUGUGUGAAGACCGUGUAGAUCAACGUGCCACACACCCAGACUGUUUGAGCCACGUUAGGAUCACACACUUGAGAUACGCUGAGCACUGAAGGGCUGGACACGCGCACAUGGGCAGCCGCCACCAUGUCGCCGCACUUGGUCGUGUUCGUCGGCUUGGUGGUGCUGGUAUUGUGUGGGUCUGCCCGGGGCGUGACGGAGACAGGUCUACAGGAACUCACGGCCCUAGAUGUCGUGCUGCGGGACCUUCAGGGUAUCCUGGUGACCCACCCCCAACCCGGCCCGCUGGCCACGUUGACGGAGCCUCUGGCGGGUGUUUGGAAUGCAAGUGGAAAUGAAGGAGCUAGCACGGCGGAAGGGGUGGGAAGCCUUAGCUUUCUAAGCUCACACGUCGCCGUGGAGUCUGACGAACAGAGCGGAGAAGCGGCACCAGUUCGUCCCUCGAGACGUAAGAAGCGUGUCAGCCCAACGCCGCCGCCCUCUCGUUGCCCCAUUGUGCAGCUGCCGGAAUACCUAAGCAAGUGGGAACAGCUGAAGUACCUCGUGACUGCACAAAUGGUGGGCUGCCACCAUCACGGCGACUGCUGUCACAGGAGGCCAGACCCAUGUCCCUACAAAGCCGAAGUUCUGGCGGCACGCCUCGCCCUGCUGGAGGAGCAACUACGGGAGGUAGACCGUCUGGAGGCGCGGCUCAAGAUCCACUUCACACUGCUCAACAGUAUCCAGGCCAGUGUCAAGUACCCUGGCCAGCCCGGAGAGCGUGGACCUCCGGGACGCAAGGGACACCAGGGCUUCAAGGGUCUGCCCGGUUAUUCCGGUGGGCCCGGCACGUGCAGGAUCACUGGCCAAGCUGACCCCCCCUCCGCGGGACCUCCUGGUCCUCAGGGGAACAAGGGCAAUCCAGGAGCCCCUGGGGACAAGGUGUGUGGCUGUGAUGGAGACAAGGGAGACCCCGGCAGCCAGGGGGCCAGCCGGCGAGGAGCUUCGGGCCCAAGGGGUCUCAAGGGACAAAAAGGCGGUCGAGGACGUGAUUUGCCACUUUUCCACGGGUGAAUGGUGCCUUGAACAGGUUAGCGGAGAACUGUCGCCGCUGGUCUCACAUCAACCCGUGUAGUGACAGAAACAUUGCCGUCUUUUAUAUUAGUGCUUACCUUAGUCAUUUACACCUUUCUUUUGAGCUUGACUCCGCUUGUUGGUGACCAUAAACUUUCCCUCAGU